AUGAAUAACGAAUCAGAGUAUUUUGACGACUCUAUUCAACUUGCCGGAAAUCCAACACAUCAUUUAUCUACCGCAACGGCUCAGAUGAAUACCUUGUCCUCAGAUCAUUUUUCUUCCGCGUCUUUCAACCUUCUUAGCAAUGACGGAACAUUGGGAGGUAACUCUUCUGUCUCCGGAAACCAGGAAAUCUCUCAGAAAGGUGACCAGCAACCUUACAUCCAACAGUCAGCAUAUAACAUGACCAACAUCUCGUCUUCCCAUGAUCCUUUAUUUAAUCUGGGAGUUGUAACUGGGAGUGAUCUUUCUUCAGAAGAUUCAACUAAUGUCUCAAGUUCGGCGACUUCGUUAUCUAUCCCACGCCUUCCAACACCUGCUAUUGGUCUGUAUUCAAGUACAGGAUUUGAUAUAAUUGGAGUUUUGGCUCGAGUCGAUGCAAGGAGGAAACGACAAAUCACUAUUGGUCCUGUUGAUAUGAGUUGUUCAUUUUUAGUUGUGGAUGCUCGUAAAUUUGACUUCCCUAUCGUCUAUGCUAGUCACACAUUCGAAAGAUUAACCGGGUAUUCGUAUUCGGAAAUUAUUGGUCGUAACUGCCGGUUUUUGCAAGCUCCCGAUGGUCAUGUCGCACUUGGUUCAAGACGUCGUUUUACAGAUAACAGUUCUGUACAUCAUCUUAAAAAUCAAAUAAUGGACGGAAAAGAUUGUCAAAUAUCUAUUAUAAACUAUAAAAAGGGUGGGCAGCCAUUUCUUAAUUUGAUCACUGUUAUUCCCAUAACUUUGAGCGAUGAUGAUGAAGAGAUUAUUUAUUUUGUUGGCCUGCAAGUAGACUUGGUAGAGCAGCCGACUGCUAUUGCGGAGAGGAUGAAGGACGGAACAUAUGUUGUUAAUUAUUCGAUGAAUAUACAGCCAUACAUUCCUCCAUCUAAUGAACUAGCUAAAGAUCAAAGUCUUGAUUAUUUUCGUGAUGGUUCGUCAAGCGCUAUGCCAUUUCCAGCUUCUUCAGAGGUUUUUGAAUUAAUCGGUGGAAAUACGGACGUCGAAACCGUUAAAGCAUCAUGGAAUCGCAUGUUGUUAGAACAUUCGGUUGAUUUUAUUCAUGUUCUCUCUUUAAAGGGCUUAUUUCUUUAUUGUUCAGCUGCUUGUAGAAGGAUACUAGAAUAUGAUCCAGAUGAGCUUGUAGGAAGAAGUCUAUCAACAAUUUGUCACCCAAGUGAUAUAGUGUCUGUCAUGCGAGAACUAAAGGAAUGUUCAAAUAGUACAGAGGACAUAACUCUUGCGUAUCGCAUAAGGCGCAAGAAUUCUGGUUAUAUAUGGUUUGAAGCACAUGGAAAAUUACAUUUAGAAAAAGGGAAGGGACGAAAAUGUGUUAUCCUUUCAGCACGUGAAAGACCCGUAUAUAAACUUCAGCAGAAAUAUUUACAAAUCACCGAAGUGACUUAUGAACAAGAGUUCUGGUCAAAAUUAUCAGUAGAUGGUUUAUUUCUUUAUGUCUCCUCGACCUGUCAGAAUCUUUUAGGGUUGACAGCUGAAGAAUUAGUUGGAACUUCAUUAUAUUAUUAUGUUAGAUCCGAUCGUACAACCGAUAUCUCUAGGGCAUUGGCUCAAACAAAUAACGGAAUACCUAAUAACCUUAGAAAUCAGAUUCAAAAAAAGAAUGGACAGUAUAUAAAUGUUUUAUUGGCAUUUUAUCCGGGUGAUUCAAGUCAAACAAACAAUAAACCAUCAUUUAUAAUCUGCAAAAUAAAAGAAUCAUCAAAUUCUGAUCCAGAUCAACCUAGUUCGACCGGAAACCAAGGCGACGAGAACAUUUUCGAAGAAUUGAGUACAACUAAAGGUACCAGUUGGCAAUAUGAGUUGCAUCAAAUGAGAUUAGCGAAUAAAAGAUUACGCGAAGAAUUGGAUGCCAUCAAAAGUUCAAAAAAGAAAAGGAAGAAGCGUAUGACGUCGUCUUCAAACAAGAAUGGCGGAAAGGACCUGAUGGUCCAAAAACGCUGUGCAACUCUUGUGGUUUACGUACGUAAAUUUGCUGGAGGCUAUGCCAAGCAAAUGAGUAAAGGUGAUAGUGGAUCCCCGCCACCAACGCAAAAUAACGAAUCAAACGCGGCGUAA